CCCGUGCUCAGCAGAAGACGGAGGCAGCAGGCCUGCCUGGGGAGCGGCGCUGAGAGACGGCAGCCCUCCCACCCUUCUGCAAGGGGGGAACGCAGCGGAGCCAGCCCCUCUCCAGGCAGGGGGAGCGAGCCUGGAACAAACGUCGCCUGCGUUGUGGGCAGAGCCGCGAGCAGGGGAAGCCGGGAACAGAACACAGACCUUACACGCUCCUCGGCUGAGUCACCAGAGUGUAUAAAACAGAGCCCGGCAGCUCGCGCUGCGCGAAAGGGGAGGCACGAGGCAUCGGGACUCUCGGGCAGAUCUUGCAACUAACUGUAAGCCAUCCAGCAGGAAGAUGCUCUCCUUCUUGCUCAUCAUUUGUCUGCUGGCAAGAAACACAGCAUCAGGCCUGGUGAGCAGAGCAGAGCCUGCAGCAUCCAGGGAUGUCACCACCUUUUUCCAGCUGGCUCAGGGAGACCACUGGGAGAACGUUAAUCUCACCAGCAUGUCCUGCAAGGAUUGGAAGAACAGGACAUGGAUCACCCUGCAGCUGACCAACAGCAGCCUGACAGCUUUCCCUAUCUGCCUGCCAGAGGCCCUGCAGACCUUGGAUCUCAGCAACAACCUCUUAGAAGAGGUGAAUGGCACAGAAAUAGCAAAUCUCCCACAGCUGCGCAUCCUUGUACUGAGGCAGAACCUUCUCCAGGCAGUCAGGUGGGGGUCGGAAACCUUCAGCAGCCUUCAUUCACUGGACUUAAGCUUUAACAAGCUGUCCUCUGUGCCAUCGUGCCACACCUCUUCCAUGCCUAACCUGAGGUGGCUGUCCUUGGCUGGAAAUCCACUGAUUGAAAUCCAGCCACUGGCUUUUUCCUGUUACCCCCGGCUACAGUUCCUGAACCUCUCCACAACUCUGCUUGGGCAGGAAGGCAGAAGGGGAAUUCAGGAGUCUGCUUUUGCCAUCAGUCUCUCCCCUGGCGAUGCCCUGCACAGUCCCGAGAACACCAUCAGCGUGCUUGAUCUGAGCGGGACCUUUCUCGAGAGAAUUCAAGUUGAGUGGACCAGAGACUUGCCCAACCUCAGAUUUCUUCACCUGACAAAGAUGCCAAAAUUACAAAGUCUUGAUACCGACUUCAGGUCUAUGCCUCACCUCAGAGAGCUGAACUGCCGUGACUCCCAUUCUCUGGGUUUUGUGAGGACAGAGAUGUUUGAAAGCACACCUAACCUAAGCCAUCUCUCCUUUCAAAACUGUAACCUGAGUUCCUUUAAUUCUUGGAAUACCAAUUCCUCAGACAGUAUCAUCAUCAACUUGCAUGGAAAUCCUCUGCUAUGUGACUGUAGGCUCUCCUGGCUGCUCUCCACGCCCAAGAUUGUGCUGCAAAAGGUUUUGGACACUUUUUGCACCACAUCCCAAGAAAACGGGGACAGGCCUUCAGUUUCUUUUUCACUGCAAGAUCUCUACAAUAAAUGCCAGGCUGAGGAGGAUAUCUCACUGCCCGAUUCAAACACAACCUCCAUCCAAGGAGACGCUUUCAGCCUUGCCAACUACUACACCACAACUGCAGCAAUGACAACAGACUCUGCUCCGCUAACCAAAGACGCUUACAUUCGUCUGAAUGAGGAAGCCAGUGUAAUGAGCACAACCUCAGCCAACCCAGCUGAGCUGAUGCUCACGAAAGCCAACAGUUCCUCCCCUGAGGACGAGGCAGUUUCCGAAUCCACGAGCCAUCCCCCUUUCCUUGCAUCUCUAACCACCUCCCCCGGUUUUCUCAGAGAGCUCUACAGCCAGACCACGGAUUAUGGCUCUGUGAGUCAAACUGAAACACUGAAGCAGCUCCAGGGAGAGCUCAGAAAAACUCACAUGGCAUUUCCCCAGGAACGCCUAUUCAGCCAGCCCACUAGCGAGCAUUCUACUCCAGCAACAGGAAAACCAGAUGCCAUUCCCCAUUACAUUCACUCCUUUGCUGUGGAAAGGACACCACAAACAAAUCUACGGCAGCCAAACUCCACAAAGUCCAGCACUCAGUCAGCAUCCACACCCACCCGGCCACGGAUCCACUACGUAGAUGACUACGAAUACAGCGAGGAGACAACGGAACCCCCUGUGCAACAAACGUACACCUCCUGUGACUACAACCCUUGCAGACACCUUCAGAAGCCGUGCAGCGAACUUCAGAGAGCAUCCCCAUGCUUAUGUCCUGGCAUGUCAACAGAAAAUGAAAUUCCAGACCCGCCGAGGCUCAGAGAGGUGUCUGAAGUCACAGACAGCUCUGCACAGAUACACUGGUGCGCCCCGAACUCCGUUGUUCGUACCUAUCAGUUGAUGCUCCGUGACCAAGGCGAUGAGGAAGGACAGCUUGUCCUGGAGAACAUUUACUCCACAGCGAGGCAGUACACCCUGUAUAACCUCUCCCCAUACACCACUUACCACAUUUGUGUGACUGCUUCCAACAGCGCAGGGUUAAGCCACACAGUAAACCAAGGAAUUGCAGGCAAUUCAUGUGCCAGGUUCAGGACAAAGCCCAGCUACAAGUCUGUCUUUGCUGCUCUGUCUGCAGCAAGUGGACUCUUUCUCAUUUCCACAAUUAUUUUGUCCAUCUGUCUGUGCAAGGCACGUAAGAAGCCUCACAGUGAGCAGUACAGCACGCAUCUAGUCUCCUACAAGAACCCAGCAUUUGAUUACCCAUUAAAGUUACAAAGUGCAGAUUAGCGCUAGGUGAUCGUUCUAUACAUUCCAAGGUCGCUAUCUCUAUCACUUUGGUAUGUUUUCCUUUAUCAAAAAGUCCUUCAGCAAAAAAAAAAAAAAAAAAAAAAGGAAAUAUCUGACAUCAUUGCCACUGUGUUUCUAGAGAAGAAAAAAAAAAUUUUUUUAAAGGCAGCCAAACAAAAAAAAAAAGCCUUUGGUUCUUGUUCACAUGCUAAGUGUGUACAUUAACCUUGAGAAGUUAGUUUUAUGCUCAGCUACAAAUAUACUAAUGUACAUUUCACACCAUGAGAUGGAUCCUUGUCAGCUGUCACCAAUACAGUCCAUGCAGAGCGAGAAUCUAGAAUGCAUUUUACUAUGCACAACAGAUACUGCUCUUAAUCACGUGAGUGAGGCUGAGCUUUCAUUUUUGAAAGAGCAUUACUGAAAAGAGCACGAAACAGACCUCCUUGGGCCCAGUGGCAGGGUGCUGUAUGCAUCCAACUCCAGUAAAUAACUGGUGACCAAAACUGCUCAGCUCUGCAUCUGGUCAGGAAAAAGAAACACGAAGGUGAACUGCCAAAAGGAAGAGCAAGACACUGUGGGAUCAUCACAGCCAGGACAAUCGCUUUGUUCUGACUUUGUGUGACAUCUUCUGCAACUGCAGCUUCCGAGUGCAACCACAAUAGCAACCACAGGCAGUGCAGGGUUUGGAACACAAGUUCCUCAGAGAAAGGGUGGGAGGGAGCACAUCAGCAUUUACUUCACAAUUGACUUUAAACAAGAGAUUACUACUCAGUUCCAUCUGCAGAUUGAGUGGGCUGAUGACUUACCUCAUACAGAGGCAUAGAGCCAAGCAAAGAAAGAAUUGAAUAUGUAUGUUGCUGAGACUUGAAAAACUGAAAUCCUGUACACUAGCAACAGCAGGGAUUUAUGCAGACAUUUUUCACACGUACUUCAGGGUACUCAUUUCUGCUAUACUAAUAACAACAGAUGCUGACAAUUCCCAUUCUUCAGCAGCUUAGAGAGAUCUUUUCAUUACAAGUUUUUUGUUUGUUUGUUUUAUAAGAGGCAGCAUUUGUCCUGGUCAAACAUUUCCCUCUAACAACCACUGUUCAGAGAGCAAGGUAUAUUUCUACUGUUGUAUAGAUACAGCACAUCAAACCCCCCAGGCUCGGAGAAUGAAGGGUGCUGUAUGCUGCAAGAGUCUCUUUUCUCUCCAUGUUUUUUUUAAUGUUCUUUGUAUUAAUGGAAAUAAAAGCUACAGACUGGUAGUCCUUUGUUAAA